CCCUCCCCUGGGUAAUUGGCCUUUGCAUUUUUGCGCUAUUGCACCAAGGGCUGUUGGGACAGCUCUGGAGAGUGCAAAGGGGUGGAGAAGGGGAAAUAAGCGUGCUGUAGUAGAGGGCUGGUGAAAAACCUGAGAAGUACAGAUUCCAAAAAGUGCAUUUUAUGUAGUCAAAUAAUUGACAUUGACAUUCACAGAACUCUUCAUCAGGCUAGAUAUUAAGCAGCUAGAUAUUCCCCCAUCCACCCUUGUCUUUCUUAUUUCUUAUUUCUUAUUUAAUUUAAUUUUUUGCUUAACAUCCAGUCUGAAAAAGAGUUCUGGGAAACUCCUAAAAUAACUACGAAUUUUUAACAUAUGUUUAGCAUUAGGAUAAUGCUUUUAGAAGUGAUUGAAGUGGUCAACACACAUCAUCUUGUUGUCAUCUUUACAACAACCCUGUAAGAGAAACUUCUUUCAUUAACUGGAUGUAUCCUGUUCCGCUUUUAAAAUAGGUAUUUGUCUGCAAGGUGUAAUAAUUGGCAAAGCUGGAGGCUGCAGUGGAGCAAGAAGAGAAAAUGGAAGAGCAGGACCCAGCUGGCUUUGAGGCGGAGAGAAGGGCAGAAAGACGGCCUCUUCCCAUGGAGGCUGGUAGCAGCACAGGAUUCUGGGAAAGAACCAUGCAAACCACCUUGGAUGGAGACACAGUCAGCUCAGCUGCACAGUGCCAGCGCUUCAGGCGGUUCUGCUACCAGGGGGCUAAGAGGCCCCAAGAGGUGUGUGACCAACUCCGGGAUCUUUGCCAUGGGUGGCUGAAGCCAGAGAAGUACACCAAGGAGCAGAUCGUGGAGCAGGUGAUUCUGGAGCAGUUCUUGGCUAUCCUACCAAAGGCAAUGCAGAGCUGGGUCCAGGAAGGGAGCCCAAAGACCUGUGCGCAGGCGGUAACCCUGGCAGAAGAGUUCCUACUAAAGCAGCCAAAGAGUGGGAGGCAGGUGGAGCCGGGCCUGGUGACCUUUGAGGAGGUAGCUGUGCGUUUCACAGAGGAGGAAUGGGCCCUGCUGGAUCCGGGCCAAAGAGCCCUCUAUAGGAAGGUCAUGCUAGAGAAUUAUGGGAUGGCGGCCUCUCUGGAAAGCCUUCUAAGUUCCAAACCUGAUCUCAUAUACUGGCUGGAAGAGGAAGAACUAAGUGACUGGUGCUCAAAGGAAAAGGGGAUAUCAGCCGGGUGGAAGAGCGAGAAGGAGGAAGAACCUUGUGGGUUUGUGGCAAAAAGAACUGGGCAUCAAGAUAUGGUAGAGACUUUUGUAAAUCCAGAUGGACAGAAGGUGCACUUUGGGAAAGCAGCAGGAAAGUGGAAAAAUGAAUGUCUUUAUUCUAUGGAUCUUGACUUCCACAAAAUCUCCUUGCAACCGGAACAACACAAAGGCAGGAGAAGGAAUGAGUGUCCUGUGUGUGGGCAAGUUUUCAGGCAUAAAUCGAGUCUGGUUACUCAUCAAAGAAUCCACACAGGCGAGAAACCAUAUAAAUGUGCUGAGUGUGGAAAGAGCUUCAACCGGAGAACACGCCUCACUUCACAUCAAAGACUCCACACAGGAGAGAAACUGUAUCACUGUUCAGACUGCAGCAAGAGCUUUUGUGAAAAAUCGAGCCUUACCGCCCAUCAGAGAAUCCACACAGGAGAGAAACCAUAUAAAUGCCUGAACUGUGGGAAGAGCUUUAGCCGUAGCUCAAAUCUUAUUGUCCACCAGAGGAUUCACACGAGACAGAAACCCCGCCACCACUCAAAAGGUAGCAAAGGCUUCUCUGUUCAGUCUAAUCAUAUUUCGCACGAGCGAAUUCAUGCUGGAGAGGGUCUGUGCAGCAACUCAAGCUUUCCCGAGAACGUCUGUGAUGAAUUGAGUCUUAAUGGACAUAAGGAAAUGUGUACAGGUGAAGGAAUCUAUACAUGUUUUGACUGUGGGGAAAGCUUCAGUCAGAGUUCCAACCUUUUUAUGCACCAGAGGCUUCACUUGGAAGAAAAACCAUAUAACUUCUACAGCAAUAAUUUUUGUGAUCAGUCCAGCUAUAUGGCUCAUCAGGGAGUCCAUACAGGAGAAAAAUUGUAUAAAUGCUCCGUGUGCGAAAAGAGUUUCAAUCGGAGCUGGAGCCUUAUUACACAUCAAAGGUAUCACAGAGGGGAGAAGCCAUAUAAAUGCUCAGACUGCAGUGAAAGCUUUUGUGAUAAAUCGAGCCUUAUUAGACAUCAGCGAAUCCAUACUGGGGAGAAGCUGUAUAAGUGCUUCAUUUGUGAGAAGAGCUUCAAUCAGAGCACCAACCUUUUCACGCACCAGAGAAUCCACACAGGGGAGAAACCAUAUAAGUGUUUUGAUUGUGGGAAAAGCUUUAAUCAGAGUUCGCAUCUUGUCAGGCAUCAAAGACUCCACACAGGAGAGAAACCAUACAAAUGCUCAGAAUGUGGGAAAAGCUUCACUCAGAGUCCAAACCUCAUCAGGCACUGGAAAAUCCAUGCCCGAGAACACACAUAGGAUUUUCUAUUUCAUGUUAAGAGAGAUCGCUAGUCAGAGUACCAGGAUAUUAUACAAUGGAAAAUUCUCAUAACAUGUUAUGAGAGAGCAAAGAACUCCCUUGAGAGAGAGAUGACAGAUACGGGCAUGCCUAUGAAUAUUUCACUUGCAUGUAUAUUUGGACUAGAUCUCUGAUGCUUUCCCCUCAGGAGAUUCCUUUCCUUAAAUCUAGACAGGGAAUCGAGGUACUGUCUUGUGCUGGAAAUGUGAAUAUUGUGUGUUUCUUUUCUUUCCUUCUUUCUUUUUAGGACUGUCCGGGUGUGGGGCACGUGGCCAGUCCAGGAGCCCCAGAGCACUCCAUGAAAUGCAACACUUAGCAAAAGCCUACAUUCAGGUAUAUACAGGACAAGGCCAGUGUCGGGGUGGAGCCCAUAGGAGGCACCUGCAAAGGCAUAACUGGCCAGGAGAGGGAUGAGAGACUGGUCAGAGAGGGAAGACGGGCUGGGGGAAAGAUAGCAAGAGCUAAGAGAGAUCCCAGAAGCAAACGAAAGCUCCCUGUAGGAUUAUCGGGGUUGUACCAGCUAUUCACUGAGGUCAGGAAGAGUACUGAGGAUGAGCAAAAAGAGAAGGCUGCUCACAAAAACCUUGGCUCCCAGGGAGGAACAAGGCUAAUGAGAAGGAGAACUGGUCUUGUGGUAGCAAGCAUGGAUUUGCCCCUUUGCUAAGCAGGGUCUGCCUUGGUUUGCAUGUGAAUGGGAGACUACAUGUGUGAGCACUGUGAGAUAUUCCCCUCAGGGGAUGGAGCCACUCUGGUUAGAGCAUCUGUAUGCUUGCAUGCAGAGGAUUCCAAGUUCCCUCCCUGGCAUCUCCAGAUAGGACUAAGAAAGACUCCUGCCUGCAACCUUGGAGAAGCCGCUGCCAGUCUGUGUUGACAAUACUGAGCUAGAUGGACCAAUGGACUGACUCACUAUAAGGCAGCUUCCUAUAAUGAUAAGAAUGUCCUGGAGGAGGAGAAAUAGGAUGGAAACAGAACCCACUCCCUGACGAAGCUGAGAAGCUAGAGGGGAAAUGGCAGACUGGGAACCAGCCAAGGGUCUGGCAGAGAUUCUGACAAUGGCUAACAUAGAGCCUAAGCAGAUGAUUAUAGAAAGGUAGAAACUAGAUGGCUUUUUUAGUUCCUUUGGUGUACGGCACAGAUUUAGAUUUUAAAGGUUUUGAAAUAAGGCUGCUCUUUUCAUUACACCCCAGUCCAAUUUUUCAUUUAUUAAGUGUUUAGGCUGGAUUAGGGGCCAUUGUGUGAAACAGGAUGCUGGAGUAGAUAGGACUGGAGUAGAUAGACAGCAGAGCUGUUCUUAUGUUCUUAACCUAAAUUUUGCAGAGCUGUAAAACUUGGGAGGUGCUUGUAAUUUUUAACUGUACCCACGUUGCUAGAUUGCAUGAUGGCAAUAUUAAAAACACUAUUUUUCCGUUA